AACAUUUUUUUAUACAGUUUAAAACAUCUUUUAACACGCUUAUAUUAAUUUCACAUGUUUUUAAUAAAAAAUAUCAUAAUAAGGAGAACCAGAAAAUUAUAAACAUAAUAGUUUAUUAUUAUUAAAGGUUUGUGACAAUUUAAUUUCAGUACUUCAGCAUUUUUGCCUUGGUUGCGCCCAUGGAUUAUUAUCACAAUGAAAGAAUGCGAUCAUGCUAAUCACUAUUAUUUUCUUUAAUGACUGAAAAUUAUAUUAAAAAUUGAAUUUAUAAAAAUAUUCAUUGAAAAACAUUUGGUUGAAUCUAUUUCGUGAAAUGGUUGAAUUAGAAAAAAAUAAAAAUAUAUCUGUACACAUGGAUACAUUAGAGCAACAUCCACAUUGCUCACAUGGACCUACAAUACUUUUUUCUCGUGGCUUAGAUGGUAAAAAGUUUUACUCAUGUGCUGCAUAUAGAGAUAAAAAAAAAUGUUCAUUUUUCUUAUGGGAAAAUCAGAGUGGUGAGAAAUAUGUCCAACAAUUUGAAAGAGAUCCAAUUAUUUCAAAAAUGAUAAGAUUUAAACUGCAAUCAAGGUUAAAAUUUGUUAAAAGUUUGAAUCAAGAGAAUCGUAUUUAUUGCCAUAAAUGUAAUGAACUUUUGCCUAAAUCAGAAAAACAUUUGCAUUUGGAACAUGAAGAUUUUUUACAGGAAAACAUUGAUGAUUUUAAGUUGUCUCGCCCAUCUCAGUUGUUGAGGCCAUUUCAAGAGUCUAAAAGAGAGUCGCAAUAUUUUUUUACUGAUUCGACUAUAAAUGCAUUUUUAAAUAUGUUCAAAUCUCUCAAUAUAAAAUAUGUGGUAUGUAUAGGAGCUCCUACGAUACAUGAACAAAUUGUUUGUAAAGUUCCAGUUCUUAAAAGCAUUUUGUUGGAUAUAGAUCAUAGAUAUUUGCAGUUUUACCAGUGUAACGACUUUCGAUGGUUUAAUUUAUUUAAUUGUUACAUACUUGAAGAAUGUGAUACUAAAGAAAUUUUAGUGGAUUUAUUGAGUAAGGAAGAUUCUAUGGCUGUCCUAAUUGAUCCCCCAUUUGGCGGUAGGCUGGAACCAAUAGCCUAUACUAUGAAAAAAUUUGAUGACAUUAGAUUAAAACAUAAUAAAAACUUUUUGACAAAAUUUUUAAUACUACCAUAUUUCAUGGAGCGAUAUGUUAAGAGCUGUUUACCAGAAAUGAGUAUGUUAGAUUAUAAAGUUGACUAUAGUAAUCAUAAAAAAUUUAAUGAUACAGGAAGAAAUAAAGGAUCUCCAAUAAGACUGUUUACUAAUGCUAAUCAAAGUAAAAUACCUUUACCAUCUGAUGAAAAUUAUCAUUUUUGUGAAGAAUGCAAUCGCUGGGUUAGUGGGGAAAAUAAUCAUUGCUAUCAAUGUGGUGGUUGUAUGUCUAAAAAUGGACGAAAAUAUAUUCAUUGUAAUUUAUGUAAAAAAUGUGUUAAAUGCACUUGGAAACAUUGUAAAAAAUGUAAGAAGUGUUGCUUACCAGAUCAUAGAUGUAUUAAUGAUCAAAUAAAGACAUCAUCAAAAAAUAAAAGACAAGGCCAAAAUAAGAAGUAUAAAUCCUCAAUAAAUUUGAAGUCAACAAUGAUAAAAAAGAAUAUAUAUAAUGAAGAAAUAAAAAGAUUUUAGCAGUGACAUUUAAACUUUUAAGNAU